CGAAGGGAAUCGGUGAAAGCCAAAAACAUCCAUAACAUCUGCAGAAAACUUUCCCCAAAACUUUACAAGAGUUAUUAGCUAGACAGAUAAUGUACAAAUGCGUAUUUCAAACCAAAUUAUUAACAGGCCUGAACUGCAUCAUCGUUAGUAAUUAAUGUAAAAGUCAGAAAUUCAGUGGCCCCCCAAGAUGGCUUCAGCGGUGGAUCAGACCCAGAGAGGCGCCGGGGUCUGCUGAUUAGCCUACCUAUGUCUCCCAAAGUCCCAGUGCAGGGCAGGGCUGAGGAUACAGCGGUGCAAGUGGCUGUCCGAGUGCGCCCCCUGCUGCCCAAGGAGCUUCUGCACAGCCAUGAGAGCUGCAUCACUGCCGACCCGGAGGAGAAGAGGGUCACCCUGGGUCAUGACCGCCACUUUCACUGUGACUUUGUCUUUGAGGAGAGCAGCAGCCAGGAGGAGGUGUACUCCACCUGUGUCCAGCCCCUUACAGAGGCCUUCUUCCAGGGCUUCAAUGCCACUGUCUUCGCAUACGGACAAACUGGCUCUGGCAAGACGUACACUAUCGGAGAGGCCAAUAUUUCCUCCUUCAGGGACGACGAGCAGGGCAUCAUCCCACGGGCCGUGGCCGAGGUCUUCAAGCUGCUGGACGAGAACGACCUCAGCGACUUCUCAGUCAGGGUCUCCUACCUGGAGGUGUACAAGGAGGACUUCCGGGACCUGCUGGAGGUGGAGACGGCCAGCAAGAACAUCCACAUCCGGGAGGACGACAAGGGCAACAUCGUGCUGUGCGGGGUGAAGGAGUGCGAGGUGGAGGGGCUGGACGAGGUGCUGAGCCUCCUGGAGACGGGGAACACGGCGCGGCACACGGGCGCCACGCAGAUGAACCCCAGUUCCAGCCGCUCGCACACCAUCUUCAGCGUGCUGCUGGAGCAGCGGCGCGGCGGCGGCGGCUCGCGGGGCCCCGCCCUCAGCCCGCACGUCCUCGCCUCCAAGUUCCACUUCGUCGACCUGGCGGGCUCCGAGCGCAUCCUCAAGACGGGCAACACCGGCGAGCGGCUCAAGGAGAGCAUCCAGAUCAACAGCGGCCUGCUGGCGCUCGGCAACGUCAUCGGGGCGCUGGGGGACCCCAAGCGGAAAGGCUCCCACAUCCCGUACCGGGACUCUAAAAUCACCAGGAUUUUAAAAGACUCGCUGGGAGGGAACGCCAAAACGCUCAUGAUCGCCUGCAUCAGCCCCUCCUCGUCGGACUUCGACGAGAGCCUCAACACGCUGAACUACGCCAAGCGGGCCCGGAACAUCCAGAACCAGGCGGUGGUGAACUGCCGGGGGGAGCCGGACCGCACCGAGGGGCUGGAGAUGCAGAUCAAGGCCCUGCGGCGGGCCCUGGAGAACCGGCACCGGUCGGAGACGCGCAUCAUCGCCCGGCCGGACCCAGAGAGGAAGCCCAGGGCGGCGGAGGGCGAGAUCGGCCGGCUGCGGGCGGAGAGCGCCCACUACAGGACGUGCACGGACUCCGCCUACAGGCUGUUCAUGGAACUGCAGGGGGAGGGCACGCUGACUGCGGGGCAGGUGAUGCGGGUGAAGGAGUGGCUGUGCACCGUGGAGGAGGAGCGGAGCGAGCUGACCACCGCCUCCGGGCUGGACAGCGGCAUCGAGAGCACCUCCACCGAAGACAGCAACGCGUUAAAGAAAAGCAGGGCGGCUGCCAGAGCACAGGGUCCAGAGCCAGGGGCAGAGGACUGGGACCGCGACCGCGAGGACCAUGUCGCCCGGCUGCAGGCGCGGGUCCAGCAGCUGGAGAGGGAGAACACAGACUUCCUGGCCGCCCUGGAGGACGCCAUGGAGCAGUACAAACAGCAGAGCGACAGGCUCCAGGAGCAGCAGGACCUGAUCACAGAGCUGCACAGCCUCAUCGCCCAGCCCGGUCACGUGGAGCUGGUGCACCCGAAAGCCAGACCGCACACCGCUCCCAUCAGCUCCAUGCGGCCCCCUGGUGCCAGCGCGGGGCGGACCAGCCCCUUCUCCAACGGGGACGCUGGGAGGUGGCCUCUGAGAGAGACUGGCUCAGCUGGAUCUGUGGAGAGGGGAGUGUGUGGGCACCACGGCCAGGAGGAGGGGGGUACAAUCAGGCUGGGUCAGGGGGAGCCCUUUCACGACCCUGAAACCCUCGGGAGGAUGGAGGGGGAGGACUCCGAAGAAGAGGGCGAGGACACACACAUCAGAAGUGGCCGAGACAGACGGAAACACGUGAGCCUAUCCUGCUUGAGGAGGGAGGGGCAUUGCGGGGUGUCGGCGGGCAGAGUGAUGGGGAAUCUGUCCCUGCUGCCCGAGAACGGACAUCUCCUACCGUCACACUGCCACAGACGCACAUCUAACUGCAGUGGUGGAGGCAGUUCCGUGCGCGACUCCCUGGGCGGUGGUCCAGGGGACUUGGGGCUGGAGAGGGGGCUCCUCCAGGCCCAGCAGAAGAUCCGAGAGCUGUCAAUCAACAUCCGCAUGAAGGAGGAGCUCAUUAAGGAGCUGGUGAAGACAGGGAAGGACGCCCAGGCCAUGAACAGGCAGUACAGCCGGAAGAUCGCCGAGCUGGAGGGGGAGGCGGAGCAGGCGCGGGCGGAGCUGACGGAGGCGCAGCGGCAGCUCCAGGACCUGGAGGUGCAGGAGGCCCGCGACCCGGCCGAGCGCUCCAAGGCGCAGGAGUGCCGGAGGAAGAUCGCGGCGGCGCAGAGCAAAGUGCAGGUGCUGAAGCAGAAGCAGCGGGACACGGCGCAGCUGGCCUCGCUGUCCGCGCAGAGCGAGCGGCGCGUGCUGGAGCUGGAGCGCAACGUGCAGAGCAUGCGGCAGCAGCAGGACCUGCUCCAGCGGCGGCUGCGGCAGGAGAGCCAGCAGAAGCGGCGGCUGGAGAGCGAGAUGCAGCGGGGCAAGCACCGCGUCAAGGAGCUGGAGAUAAAGAAUGAACAGCAGCAGAAAAUUCUGAGGAUAAAGACAGAGGAGAUCGCAGCCUUCCAGAGGAAGAGGAGGAGCGGGAGCAACGGAUCUGUCGUCUCAUUGGAGGAACAGCAGAAGAUUGAAGAGCAGAAGCGCUGGCUGGAUGAGGAGAUGGAGAAGGUGCUGGAGCAGCGCAGAGGCCUGGAGGAGCUGGAGGGGGAGCUGACCAAGAGGGAGGAGAUCCUGGCCAAAAAGGAGGCCCUCCUGCAGGAGCGGAGUGGCCUGGAGACCAAGAGGCUCCGCUCCAGCCAGGCCCUGAGCAAGGACCUGGUGGUGCUGUCCGGCCGGAUCGAGUCCCUGGAGAGGGAGCUGAGCGAGAGGAACGGCCAGCUCCGCAGCUCCAGCGCACAGGACUCCCAGCAGCUCCGGCAGGAGAUCUCCAACCUGCGGCAGGAAAAGGACCAGCUCCUCAAGCAGCGGGCCGAGCUGGACGACAAGCUGCGGCAGGGAAACCUCCUCUCCCCAGAGGAGGAGCGCACCCUGUUCCAGCUGGACGAGGCCAUCGAAGCCCUGGACGCGGCCAUCGAGUACAAGAACGAGGCCAUCACCCAGCGGCAGAGGCAGCUGCGGGCGUCCGCCAGCAUGCUGUCCCAGUGGGAGAUGAACCUGAUGGCCAAGCUCAGCUACCUGUCUGCCUCGGAGACGCGGGCCCUGCUAUGCAAAUACUUUGAUAAGGUGGUGUCCCUGCGGGAGGAGGAGCGCAGGCUGCAGGUGGCGCUGGCGGAGCUGGAGAUGAGGGUGGAGGAGCAGCAGCAGCUGGUGCUGUGGCUGGAGGCGGCGCUGGAGCGGCAGCAGCUGGACACGGACCGGCGGCUCACCCUGCAGCAGAAGGAGCACGAGAGGAGCGUGCAGCUCCUGCUGCAGCAGUGCCGAGAGCAAAUGGAUGAGGGGUUGGCUGGCAGGCAGCGGCAGUAUGAGGGCUGGAUCCACAACCUGGGCAAGGAGCUGAGCCACUGCAAGUGGGCCAAUCAGGAGCUGAGCAAUAAACUGAGGGAGCUGUGUGGGCAGGUCAGCCAGCCCGGGGAGCAGGGCAAAGGUCAAGUGCUGAGCUGUGAAGUGAAAGGAGCAGGCGGCGGCGGCGGCGGCGACAGACCGCAGGCCAGAGGUCCGGAGGAGUCCGGGAGGGGCGUGGCCGAGCCCGAGAGAGCGCCCCGGUCCCGGGAGGAAAUGCGCGAGCUGGUGCACGCCCCUCUCCCGCCCUCCUGGAGGCGCUCGUCCCUCCCCACGGAGGACCAGCACGGCAUGGAGGAGCUGCGGCUCCGCGCGGCCUGCGAGCUCCCGGCGAACCGCGUUCUCCAGCCCGGCGUGGGCACGGGCCACUGGGGCCCGCCCCUGCCCCUCUCCAAACCACGCCGAGAGUUCCGCAGGUCCAGCCUGAACACUGGGCCCUUGCUCUCCAACUCCACGAUUAUCGACGUGCGGAAAAAUCCGGUUUGAAUAAACGAGACUGUGUAGACAUGUGCUGAAUGCACCUAGGUGAGCAUGGUAUUCAAAGGAAGUUACUACCAUAGUGCUUUUUUAAGAUGUAAUUCCACUUUGUAACCU